CAGGUCGAACAGGUCUUGAGGUGGCCGUGGGAUUUCCUUACAGUGCUCCCUGCUGUCGCGAGUGAAGCGCAGGGAAACGGCUGUGGCCCCUGGAGACUUUGCCAUGAAUUGCGAGAGGACUGCCGUGGCGCGCAGCGUCCGCCACGUGCCUCAUGCACGCACGCUGGUCCCGGCGAAGGGAAGGGAAGUGCGUUCAGGGCCGAGAGUGAGGACGCUGCCAGCGGUGAUGCCAGGCCGCUUUCCGCCGAGCAGACUGGGCUUUCGCGCGUCGUCAAGAUGGUGCGGGAUGGAGGCAGAAAAAGUGACAGAGUUCAUCUCCUAUACACAGGCUGACCCAGUCCUCGCUCGACAAAUUUUGCAGAGCGAGAACUGGGAUGUAAAGGCCGCUGUGCAGCUCUUUUCGGUGCUAAGAGGGGCCAGUCCCUUUCAUCACUCAGGGUCGGUGCGAACAUCUGCUCCCCCCAACUUCAACCCUUCAGUUAAGCCUCCUGUAGCUCCAAAACCAGUCCUAGUUGACCACAAGCCAAAUGUAGAUUUGAGAUAUGCAGGCGAUGUACGAUCAGCAGCACCAAGAUUGGCUCCAUUGCCACCUGCAAGAACAAGGAAAGUUGCUGUCUUGCCGAAGCUCCCACACGAUGGAUCAGCAGCAUUGUCAUCACCUCACCUCCUUCCUCCAGUGGGACAGGACAACCCCUCCAGUGGAAGCAUGCUGAUAGACACUUAUAAUCAGCAGGGGGUGACACCACUGCCAAGAACUGGUAGCUUGCCACCUCUCCAGAAAGGUCUUGGUGGGUAUAAUCAAUGUGCAAACAUCUCUCAAGGGACAGAUGUUUGUUCAUCCUCAUGUGCAACCUCACUGACACCUUCUCCUGUGCCUAGUAUAAACAAAGGUUCAUCAAAGCCUCAUAGCGGAAGUGCUAAAAAUGCCCUUCUAAUAGAAAAAGUUCGUGGUACUUCUAUUGGCUUUUCUGAGAGCCAGAAGAAUAUAGUACAUGAUGGUGCCACAAGGGCUUCCGUUAUGCCUAACAACACUCCAACUUCUCAAAUAACUGUUAAUAGUAGCUGUAUUAUAAGUGUUAAUAAUCCUAAUAACAAUACCAAUAAAAACAAUAAUAUCUACUUAGAUGACUACACACCACCUUCUGGGAAUAUCUCAGGGAAUGUCCCCAUCUCAAGCCAGACAACGAACAGUGUUUACAAUACCUUAUCAUCAUGUUCAUCGUCCCUUUCCUCAACUAUGCAGGCUGCUUCCAAAGACUCGUUAUCAUACUCAUCAACAGCUGUGCCUUCUGCUACUGGUCCGUCGUGUGUUAUUAUUUCUGCACCCAUUAAUAGUGUGGAAACUAAUACUAAAUCCCAUAAACUGACACAGAAAGCAUUAUCAAGGGAGUACUUGUAUCCUCUUGGGAGCAAGGGCAUUAGCGACCGAGAUACAAACUGUAAAUGUGAUUGCAAAGAAUCUCACUCAGUAGAUAAUAACCUAGGAAAAAGCCUUGUCUCAGAACGAGAAAGUAAGAGGCUACAGAAAAUAGAGAAAAAGCAAGCAUUAGAAGAUGAAGUGGAUAAAGCCUUGCAUCCUGAUAUCGCUCAGCUAGCAACUUCAGCCUUGGGAAUAGGCUCAUCUUUGUCAGCUCCUUGCUCUCCUGCAAAGCCUCUGUUGCGCAAAACUGAGGCAGUUGACUUGGAGGAGUAUGACUAUUAUAAGAAGUUGAGUCGUGGUAUAUCCAAGGCAACAGACAAUGUCAACAUUGUAUCAAAGGCUCGAUCUGAAUUUGCUCAGGAGAUCUGGGAGGCCAUUGACUCAAGCCGAACUCCAUUCUUUAUUGAAACUCCAAUCUUUACUUUCACAUUACCUGAUCUUAGUAUAUAUUCAGAUGAAUUUCGAAUGUUUCUGGAACGUGAUUUGAUAGAGACAUCAACACUAGUGUCAUUAGAGGGUGCUGGACGUCUUAACUGGUGGGCAAUGGUGGGAGCAGCGCAAAGACUCUGGCCUUUAGCAACCACAGGAGAUGGUAACUGUUUGCUGCAUGCAGCUUCACUAGGAAUGUGGGGUUUUCAUGACCGCUUGUUGACACUGCGCAAGGCUUUGCAUGAAUUUUUGACUCGCAGUCAUUUUUGCCGUCCAUUGUGGAGACGCUGGAGAUGGCAAGUCACACAGCAGAAUAGAGAAACUGGUCUGGUAUAUAGCAAAGAAGAAUGGGAAACAGAGUGGGCCAAUGUGCUGCGCCUGGCUUCCAGUGCACCUCGAGGAGGACAGGAAUCAGGACAAGAGGAAGGAAAUGAGGGUGGCCAGAGUAAAGAGAAAGUCCAGACCAAAAGCGACACUAAUUCAGAUAUCUCGGCUGCUAGCAAGAGACUUAGCAAUGGGUUUCUUACUAGUCAGGAUGAUGACUGCACUGGGAGAGUCUAUGAGAGCUUAGAAGAGAUUCAUGUGUUGGCUUUGGCUCAUGUAUUACGCCGUCCCAUUAUUGUUGUGGCUGACUUAACUCUCAAGGAUGUGAGUGGAGAGCCGCUGGCUCCCAUUCCCUUUGGAGGUGUGUACCUGCCACUUGAGUGUCCACCCAGUGAAUGUCAGCGGUCCCCCUUACUCCUCACAUAUGAUGCUGGCCACUUCUCGGCUCUUGUUGUCAUGGAAACUCAACAGGAUUCAAGUGCUGCUCAGCUGCCUGCUGUGAUUCCAGUGACAGACUGUUGUCAUGAUCUGCUUCCCAUCCAAUUUGUUAUUGACCCAGGGGAUGAUUUCCUCUGGGGAGAAGAUGAUCUGAAUCCUACAAUCAUUCAGAAACUGACCAUCACUAAUCAUGACAAAAUUGGGCUCCUUAAUGAGUACUUGGAUAUUGCACAGGUGCCAAUUCCACCUGACUACCUUGAGGCUUGCCAAGUGGUUGAUGAUGCAGAUUCACCAGAAAAUUACCAUCCAGAAAUAGAGAAGAAGUCAUCUGAAUCAAGUUUUGAUUCAGAUGAAGGUCCACCUUAUUCUGAUGGAAUGGGUGGGAUAUUUGCAAGUAAGAGCAAAGCUUCAAAGCAACUGCAAACAGUUGCUAAGCAGUUUGGCAGCAUAGGUAAGUCAAUGUCCAAGAAAAUCAAGAAAAACUUUGGAACCUUAUCCAAGCUGGGUAGGGCAGGUUCUUUCAAGAAAAAGGAAGAGUAUGUGAAAACUUGCAGUCUUGCAAAGAACAAUCGCAUGUUGAAAAUAUCUACACAUCAGAAUUUUAUACUAGCAGCAAUGAUCCACACUGAAAAACGACAUGCUUAUCAAGAAGAGAUGGUGCGAAACUAUUUAAACACAGCACGGCGACGAUUUGAGAAGGACACGGAGCUACGUAAGCGUCAGGAAGAAGAGCUUAAACAGUUGGAAUUGGAGCUAGAGCAUCAGGCUGUAAUGGAAGGGCCAGUUCAGUGUAUUAACCCAGGUUGUAAUAUGUAUGGCACUGCAGUGACAUCUUAUAUGUGUUCUUCAUGUUUCUCCAAGCAGCGUGAGCAGGAGCAGGAAUAUAAGCGACAGACAUCCUGUAAUCUCAAUUCCCCAAAGGCACAGCAUUACAAGGUUGAUGGACCACAGUAUGGUGCUGGCAAGUCCAAGUUUUAUGCUGAGCUUGAUGCAGCAUCUGUCCUAAAUGCAACCAAAAUCCCAGUUGUACAAGCUCUUUCUACCAAGAAGGAUGGUACACUUUUCCUCUCUAAUUCAACUUUCUAUAGUGACACCUCUGCUAUUCCAAGCUGUAAUGUAACAAAGUCGCAAGCAAGUUCUGCCACCAAAGGUCAGGCCAUUAGCACAGAGUCUGAGAUGCAAAAUUCACAAAGCACUGACUCUACCCAAGGUCAUCCUUCUCCAUCAAUGCUGUCAACAACAAUGAUGAAUCAGGUUUCAGAUAGUUUCACACCAGUUGCUGUUGAUGAUGUUGCAGUUUGUAUAAGGGCAGAAAGUAGAGGGGAUAAUUCAUGCCAGCCAUGUUUGAUGCGUGAUUGCAAGUUUUAUGGUAGUUCAUCAACUGGAGGUUACUGUUCCAGGUGUUAUCAGGAACAUCACACAAUGGGGAUAGGUCCCAAAAGUGUUAUAGUCCAGCAGAUAAAGUCUGUUGAACUAUAGUUUAUAGACAUUGUGAUGUUGAUUGAUAGGAAAUAAAAUGCCUGUAAUAUUUUAUUGAGUUCAAGUUUUUGGUGUUUUGACCCUCAUUCAUAGCUUAUGGGCAUUUUCUUUUUCUUUUUUUUUCAUCUAGUCGUAGUGCCAUAGUCAUUGUGAAAAAAAAUGGUAGUAUACUGAAUUUGAUAUGAAAUUUUAAGAAUAAAACCUAGUGCACUUAUCCUAACACUAGUUGGAGAUAGAUGUGCCUUGAAUUUGAAGGGUUUUAAGAAAACAGUUUUUUGGAUAUUUCUGAUGUCCUAAAGAUUGUUUAGGAUAACAAAGUGAAAGAAUGUGUAUCCAUCACAUUAUUUUGACUUGGAAAAUAGGAUGAAGUUGUGUCUGUACUAGUGUGUAUAAUGAGUAACAGGGGAAGAGCUCAUGUGUUUUCUUAUUCACCUUUCAUAUUGUUAAUAUUCAUGAGGAACGCAUUGAUGAGUCUACCCUGCUUGUCAUUUGCACAGGGAACAUGAAGGUUUUAGAUGGCAUGACAUAUGUAUCCGCAUCAUAAAUAAGAUAAUUGUAUUUUUCUUGAGCAGUUUUUCAUGACAUGAAAGUUAUCUUGAAAGCGUCUUGACAUUGGCCAUGCAAGAUGAUUAUUUCAGAAAUUUUCAGGAUUUAAAUCCAGUAAUCAUAUUGUACAGUUUGUUCCACUGACAUACUUUUUGUUAUCUGUAACAAAAUCAUUAAAAAAAUCACCUUUUCUAUCUACUUUCAUGUUAUAUUUGAAGACAAGGGUGCUAACGGCUUGUAAUUUUUCAGCCUCAUUGAUGCAACUUUGUGACCAACUACUGUUAGUUAAGGUGAUCUUGACCCUGGGAGACAUUGUACUGGUAUUGCACAAUGUUUUGCUACACGAAGCUGAGUUACUGUACAUCGGGCUUUCCAUAUAUGCACAUUUACACAGAAAUCAGAAAUUAAACAUACAGUAUAUGAAUUGUAAUUAUAAAAUGUAAUUAAUCUCUGUAUUCGAUUAGAAUACUUUUGAAUUAUUUGAUUAUUCACAGAAUCUGUCAAGAUGACCCAAACACAUAUCCAGUUAUGAUGUAGCCAUUUCUAAGAACAGCUUUUAUUACAAAUUAUUAUUAUUUUUUUUUUUUUUUUUUUUUUAUGUAAUGUUGUGUGUGUAUAUAUAUAUAUAUAUAUAUAUAUAUAUAUAUAUAUAUAUAUAUAUAUAUAUAUAUAUAUCUUAUAUCUCAGAGGACAAAUGCAUUUUGCAGGCUUGCCAAAGGAGCUGUGAAACUUUGCCAAAUUGUAGUUUCUUAGUGGGAAGCAUAGCAUAUAAAAAGUGAUAUUUGGAUAAAACAGGGUAUAAUCCAUUUUUGUAUAAAUGCCAUAUUGAUUUUUGCAGUUGUAAGAAAACUGGAUUUUACUGUAAUUUUUGUAAAUUGUACAGAAGAUUCCUCCUCAGUUUGAGGGAUACAGAAAAAUUAGAGAUCACUUUGGAACAUUGGAGUGAUGAUGAGCUUAUAUAGAGAAGUAGGAUGUGCUUGAAUGUAGUAAUAAGCAUUUUCUUUUCCUUUUUGGAUUGCCAACUGUUUUAGAAAUGAGCACAGAUUUUUCAUGUUAAUAGCGCAUGCUAUGACUGUGCCAGUUAGAUUAUCUUAAUGAAAUUGUUUUCAAAAAUUGUAAAAAUUUUAUAAUUAUUUCCAGUGAGCUUUUUAAUAAGAUCUAGGAAACAGUGUCCAUGAUAUAGUGCUUAGGAGAUAUAUAGAUGAUUACAAUAGGUAUGAUUAAUUCAGAAAGUUAAUCCUGCCAUCUACAUCUCCUGUCAAGUGUUCAUCCACAUCUUCUAUACUCUUCCUCUUUUACAGUAGUUUCCUGUCAGUCAUCAUGCUGUAAAAGUCAAUGGUAAUAGUUGUUCCAGUCCUUUUUUGGCACUAGCUCUUUAAGGCCUGUCUUGCUUAACAUCAUUUGAAUGCUGGCUUUAAGUUUUCAGUGUAUAAGAAGAAACAUGUUAUAUUGCAAAGAAAGAAGUAUAUGUGUGGUUCCAUUAUCAUAUCUAGCCUCAAGUGUUAUAUUUGUCCUAUAGAGAAAAGAAUGUAGAAAAAAAAAAUAUUAAACAGACAUUACAAGCACUUAUAUACAUCUGUAUCAGUUCCAGUAAGCCUGCAAGUACAGGAAGAGUAAUAUAUCAGAUAUUGAUUUAUUUUUUAAAUUUUAUUACUUUUGAAUGUUAUUGUUACUGUUAACUGUUGCAGUAUUGUAGUUGUUUUCAAUGAGUAAUUUAAAAUUCGUCAUGCUUAGAAGUUUCCAUUUUUGUGUUUCUAACACCUUAUAAGUAUUUUUCUGUCAUUAAGUCUUGAAACAUUGCUGACCUUAACUUAACUCUAAACAAACAACACAGGAUUCAAAAUGAGAGAAAAAAGAAGAGCAAGUUAAGCCUUAUUAUUUAUGUAAAUGUGCAUAUAUGAACAUGAUUCCUGUAUUAAACUUUUUUCAUUUUACUAUAUUAUUUUUGCUCAUUAAUUGCAUAGUGAUUAAGCUUUGGUAGGAAUCCUCAAUGUCAAUGACCACCUUGAUUAAUGGUAUCUUUUAUGAAGAUUGAACAUGUAUAUUGUUACUGCAAAGUGAAUGUUAUCAGGAUUUGGAUAUCUAUUUUUUGUCAUAUAAGUUGUCUAAUUGUGGUUAUAUAUGAGAUUAUUUAUUUGCAUAUCAAGCUGUGCCCACAGGGUGAGUGUGUUCAUGGUUCUUUGGCAAUAUGGAUAUAUAUUGACCAUUAAAAAAGGUGGCUCACAUGAAAUACAUAUAUAUAUUUUCUUACUGUACUCUGCUGCCUCAAGUAUGAUAGUAUAUCUGUGCAGGCCUGUUGGUAGAUUAGAUAAUGUAAUCUACAAAUUCAGUAGUGAGUCUAAAAAAUGGAUCAUUAAUACUUUUAAGCAAUAGGUAUGUUCUCUGUGUAUUACUAUUCUUCUCCACAUGCUUAAAUCUUUUCAUAGAAUGUAUAUUGAUUGCCCAAAGAAAACUUUCAUAUCUAUAAGAAUUUGCUGUUCAUUUAUCUUAUAUUAAGGAAGGAUUGUAAAUUAUUGCUGCACAUUUUUUGCCUGUAUAGCAGUAGCAAAAUGUUGGAAUUUUUUUUUCUUUCUGGUAUAGGUGUAAGGUUGGCCUUAUGCUUGGGUAAGCUGGUGUCCAAUAUUUUUCAUAUAUUAGUAACACCUGAUCUGAUUUUGAUGAAUAUUUGUAUAAACACAAGAUGCCUAGAAGGCAGAAGAAACAUGAAUUAGGUUUAGCUCCUGAUAUAUCAGUGUAACCCUGUAACCGGUGGAGAAUACAGUUAUCAGUGCUUCUUCACAAUGCAGAUAUCAGUAAUGUUUUGCACAUGAUAUUGAAAGCCCAACUACCGUGAAGUUGUGCUCUGCGGUACUAUAUGUUCUUGGUGAUUAUCUCUCAUUUGUUAACAGUUGUGUGUAGAUUAGUUUUGAUAUCACAGGUAAACUGUAUUUUAAAAUACAGCUCUCUUCCAUUUGAGAAACUUGGUAAAUAUUUUUAAUAGAGGAAUGUGCAACUCAUUUUUGUACAAAAUAUUUAUUUUCAAUUGUAUAGCACGGAUUUCUGUCUUGUAUAUAACUACUUGCUUUGAACAAGUAACAUUUGUACAAAUACUUUAUGUUAGGAUGAUCAGUUGAGAACAUGAUAAUAGUUUUUAGUUAGUGGUAUAUCAUUUAUCAUUAAAUAUGUGAAUUUAUAAAUAGUUUAUAAGGAAUUGGGAGGAUAGUAUUGAGACUGAAUCUUUAUGAAGAGAAAAGAGUCUCUGGCAUAGGUACCCGAAGGGUUCAUCAAGAAGCAAAAGAACUCUUCAGCCUGAAGUAAACGAUACAUGUUUUCAUAAUACUUUGCUAGAAUUUAUGUAUUAUUCAUGAUUGCUUUUCAGAUUCAUAUUUUUUUUGGUUCCAAUAUAAUUCUCUCUCUCUCUCUCUCUCUCUCUCUCUCUCUCUCUCUCUCUCUCUCUCUCUCUCUCUCUCUCUCUC